CCCGGGCUCUGUGCAGUGAGGCUGGUGGGCGGACCGACCGACGGACACGCGGAGACGCUGGACCCCGGCCCCCGCCAGCGCCGCGGUAGCCUGCCCUGCCCCGCCUGUGCAGCCACCUCUCGCCGGGUGCCCGCCGUGCCCGGCCCCAGGUCUCCAAGCUGCUCGGCGCCCCGGGUUCGCCAUGCGCCCCGCCGCGGUCCUGGCACUUCUGCUCUGCGCCGGGCAAGUCUUUGCCCUCCCUGUGAACAGCCCAAUGAGUAAAAGGGACACGGAGGUGAUGAAGUGCGUCGUUGAGGUCAUCUCUGACACACUCUCCAAGCCCAGCCCCAUGCCUGUGAGCCAGGAGUGUUUUGAGACACUCCGAGGAGAUGAACGGAUUCUCUCAAUCCUGCGACAUCAGAAUUUGCUGAAAGAGCUCCAAGACCUUGCUCUCCAAGGUGCCAAGGAGAGGGCACAUCAGCAGAAGAAACACAGCAGCUUUGAGGAUGAACUGUCAGAGGUUCUUGAGAAGCAGAAUGACCAGGCAGAGCUGAAGGAGACAGAAGAGAUGCCCUCCAAGGAUGCCGCGGAGAAAAGGGGAGAUUCUAACGAGGUGGAGAAGAAGGGUCACGACACGGAUAGAACCGGGCCCCUGGCCUCCCCAGAGCCUGGGCAGGGGUCCAGGGAGGAGGAGGACAACCAGGUCCCAGGGGAGGAGGAGGCUGCCAACACCCACCCCCUAGCCAGCCUCCCUAGCCAGAAACACCCAGGCCCUCAGGCCGAGCAGGACUGUGAGGGUCCCUCCCAGGGCUUGGCGGACAGAGAGAAGGGGCAGGGUUCAGAGCAAGGGCAGCAGGCAAGGAGAGGAGAGGCGGAGGAGGAAGAGGGGGAGGAGGAGGAGAAGAAGGACGCAGAGGCUGGAGAGAAGGUCAUCUCUAAAGAAGAAGGCCCGACUGCUGCAUUUAAGCCCCACCCGAGCCUCGGCUACAAGGAGGUCCAGAGGGGUGAGGGUUGGUCCAAGGCUCUGGCUGUGGAUGGAGCCAGGAAGACUGAGGCCGAGGAAGCUCAGUCCCCCAAGGGGAAGGGGCAACGGGAGCGGCCCCGGCAGGAGGCAGCGGCGGAGGCGGAGGCGAUGGCAGGGCCCCCGAUGGCAGGGCCCCCUCGAGGCGCCCUCCGGGGCGGGGAGAGCGGGGAGCAGCAGGAGGAGCGGCGCUCUGAGGAGUGGGAGGAUGCCAAGCGAUGGAGCAAAAUGGACCAGCUGGCCAAAGAGCUGACGGCCGAGAAGCGGCUGGAGGGGGAGGAUGAGGAGGAUGGCCCCGACCACUCCAUGAAGCGACCCUUCCCGGCCCGGGGCUACGGCUUCAGAGGUCCGGGGCUGCAGAUGCGAGGCUGGCGGCCGCCCUCCCAGGAGGACUCCGUGGAGCCGGGCCUGCCCCUUCAGGCGCACAGCUACCCGGAGGAGGGCAGCGCCAACCGCAGACCGGAGGACCAGGAGCUGGAGAGCCUGUCAGCCAUCGAGGCGGAGCUGGAGAAGGUGGCCCACCAGCUGCAGGCGCUGCAGCAGGGCUGAGGCGCCGGCUGGCCCCACCCGCCGGGGCCCCAGGCACCCGGGGUCCUGUGUCGUCCCCUUCACAGGUCCUGCCCGCCGACCUGUGCGCUGCUUCCGGUAGGGAGGUGGCGGCCGCCCUGCCCGGCCACCUGCUGCCCCUUGCUCCUCUCC